ACUAACUUGGCAAAACAGGAAGGCCACCUGAAAAUAGCUAAUGCAGAAUUAGCAAAGGCUCAGGAGGCAUUAGAUGAAAAGCAAGCUGAACUGGAUAAAGUGCAGGCAAAGUUUGAUGCAGCAAUGAAGGAGAAAAUGGACUUACUGAAUGAUACAGAAACAUGCAGAAGAAAGAUGCAAGCAGCCUCUGCGCUUAUAGAUGGACUGAGUGGUGAGAAAGUUAGGUGGACUCAGCAAAGUAAAGAAUUUAAAUCUCAGAUUAACAGACUUGUGGGAGAUGUACUGCUUUGCACAGGUUUUCUUUCAUACUGUGGACCUUUUAACCAAAACUUCAGGAAGCUUUUGCUUAAAGAUUUAUGGGAAGCAGAGAUAAGAGCCCAUAAAAUCCCCUUUUCUGAAAACUUGAACCUGAUUUCUAUGUUGGUAGAUCCACCAACAAUUAGUGAGUGGAAUCUUCAAGGACUGCCUGGAGAUGAUUUCUCAAUUCAGAAUGGUAUCAUUGUCACUAAAGCAACUAGAUACCCUCUUUUGGUAGACCCACAAACUCAAGGAAAAUCAUGGAUUAAAAAGAAACAACAGGAUAAUGAAUUACAGGUAACAACUUUGAAUGACAAGUAUUUCCGUACACACCUAGAAGACAGUCUUUCACUGGGACGAUCACUUGUGAUUGAAGAUAUAGGUGAAGAGUUGGAUCCAGUCCUUGAUAAUAUAUUAGAAAAGAAUUUCAUGAAAUCUGGAACAUCUUUUAAGGUGAAAGUUGGUGAUAAGGAAGUAGAUGUUAUGAGUUCAUUUAGACUGUACAUUACUACGAAGCUACCCAAUCCUGCUUUCACACCUGAAAUUAAUGCAAAAACAUCAAUUAUUGAUUUCACUGUUACAAUGAAAGGACUUGAGAAUCAGUUACUGAGAAGAGUAAUUCUUACUGAAAAACAGGAACUAGAAGCAGAACAAAUUAAACUCAUGGAAGAUGUAACUUUUAAUAAGAGAAAGAUGAAAGAACUGGAAGACAAUCUUCUGUACAAACUAAGUGCAACCAGAGGUUCACUAGUAGAUGAUGAAUCCUUGAUUGGUGUUCUGCAAACAACAAAGCAAACAGCUGCUGAAGUAGCUGAAAAGUUGUCUGUGGCAGCACAAACUGAAGUGAAGAUUAACACUGCUCAGGAGGAAUAUCGACCUGCUGCUACACGUGGAAGCAUUCUUUAUUUUCUUAUUACAGAAAUGAGCAUAGUCAAUAAUAUGUAUCAAACUUCACUGGCUCAGUUCUUGAAGUUAUUUGAUCAAUCCAUGACCAAAUCCAAGAAGUCUCCUUUACCUCAGAAAAGAAUUUCGAAUAUUAUUGAGUAUCUUACCUUUGAAACUUACUCAUAUUCUAUUAGAGGCUUGUAUGAAAACCACAAAUUCCUCUUUAUCCUCCUGCUGACAUUAAAAAUUGAUCUUGAGAGAGGACACGUGAAAAACAGAGAGUUCCAUGCACUCAUUAGAGGAGGUGCAGCAUUGGAUCUACAGGCUUGCCCACCCAAACCCUUCCACUGGAUUCUUGACGUGACAUGGCUAAACCUAGUGGAAUUGAGCAAACUUCCACAGUUUGCAGAAAUUUUGAAUCAGAUAGCCUGUAAUGAAAAGGGAUGGAAAAGUUGGUUUGAUACAGAUGCUCCGGAGGAAGAAAUUAUACCUGAUGGAUAUGAUUCACUUGAUACCUUUCGCAGGCUUUUACUCAUCAGGUCUUGGUGUCCGGACCGAACGCUUUCCCAAGCCAGGAAAUAUAUUGCAAAUUCCUUGGAUGAGAAGUAUACAGAACCAGUCAUUUUGAAUUUAGAAAAAACUUGGGAGGAAAGUGACACACGAACACCUCUCAUCUGUUUCUUGUCUAUGGGAUCUGACCCAACUAUUCAGAUUGAUUCCUUGGCUAGGAAGCUUAAAUUAGAAUGUAGGACCAUCUCUAUGGGUCAAGGACAAGAAGUUCAUGCACGCAAAUUCAUACAGAUGUCAAUGCAACAGGGAGGCUGGGUGUUACUUCAGAAUUGUCAUCUUGGACUGGAUUUUAUGGAUGAACUACUGGAGACACUUUUUACUGCUGAGAUACAGAAUGAGACGUUUCGAGUUUGGAUAACUACUGAACCACAUCCUAAGUUCCCAAUUACACUGUUACAGGUUUGUUCAAAUAUUUAA